AUGCCCCCAAAACAAGCCCCAGCCGAUGCAGGGGCCCCACCAGCUGCAGGGGCCCCACCAGCUGCAGGGGCCCCACCAGCUGCAGGGGCCCCGCCAGCUGCAGGGGCCCCGCCAGCUGCAGGGGCCCCGCCAGCUGCAGGGGCCCCGCCAGCUGCAGGGGCCCAACCAGCUACGGAGGCCCCUGAGAAGCCGCCAAAGGAACCACAGACUCCUGAAGAAAUGGCAUUUUAUGCCCCGAAUUACCUAUGUUUGACCAUCCUGGCUGUACUUCUUUUCCCUCCCCUGGGAUUAAUAGCUGUAUUCUUCACUUACAAGGCUGGACUCUGGAACCCACAUCUAAAGCUCCUAUCCCUACAGACCUGGCAGGCCAACAAGAACAGCCAGUGGGAAGACGCUUACAUCAACUCAGGCCGAACUGGUUGGUUGGAUGUAUUCGCCAUACUCAUCGGUUUAGGCAUCAUUUAUAUCUAUGCCCUAUUUAUGUGA